AUGUCCAUGGCUCAAGCGCCCAUUGCUUGCGUGGUCACCAGUCCUGUGUCCAAAGUUACGACCAGCCGUUGUGGCCCGCCCAGGCUCUUCGCCCCACCGACGCCAAUGACUGCGCCAUGUGGGUCUUUUGCAGGGCCGCCCGUGGUGUGGCCUCGCUCCUCGCCCACGCCCGGUGUGCCGCUGCCAGCACCCGCGGCGCCGCUGCCGGUGCCGCUGCCGGUGCCCGUGGUGCCGCAGACCGCGGUGCUGCGCUCCGCAGGACCAGUGGAGCGACCCAUCGAUCAAGCAGUGGAACGGCCAAGCUAUCGGCCUGUCAGCCGCCCUGCGGAACAGGAGGACACAGCAGAGAACGGAGCACGGAACAGCACAGGCCUUCGGCCUGAGCAGUUGUUGUUGCAUCAGCUGGAAAAGGAGGUGGAAAAAUCCAUGGAACCCCGGAUGACCCAGAGCUUUGCGCCAGAGAAAACUGCCACUCUUCCCCGGCCACCUCCAAUGCUGAUGAAGGCAGCUGCAGCUCGUGCAAAGCAAGAUGAGGACCUGCAACAAAGUGUUUUCCUGGGCGCAGGACCUGGAACUGGAAGCUCAGGAUUCUCCGACAGCCAAAGCAGCGAGGCCACUAGUGCAGAGCCAGAGGCUGAAGAUGUGACGCAGGCGCGGCGCCAAGACCGACCCAAGAGGCAGGUGCCGGUGCCGCCUCGGUCCAAGUCGGAGGAGAAUCUCUACCUGCGGAAGAACAUGGAGAAUUUGCGAAAGCAGAAACGCCACUUGCAACAGCAGGUGGAGAGCAUCGAAGCUCGGCUGCGGAACGUGGAAGCACAAAAGCUGCAGUAUCAGAAGCUCUUCGAGGACUCUCACAGAAGUUAUGCCAUCGGUGAAGGUCGCGAUUUGGAGAUCACAGGGCUCCACCAGCAGCUAGCAGCGCUAUUGAUGCUGAAGGAUGCCUUGAACUCCGAAAACAUGGAACUUCAAGCGCGGAUCAAGGGCUUAGAGGAAGAGAAGUCUCGAAGGAGUCCGGCUGCUGCUUGCGUAAUUUGCAUGGAGAAUCUGGCAAAUGUGGUUUGUCUGCCCUGCAAACAUUUGGCUCUUUGCAGCUUCUGUAGCAAGCACAGCUAUGGGGAACGAAGCACGUGCCCAAUUUGCCGCGGCAGCAUCACUGAUCGAAUGCUGAUUUACAUGCCCUGA